UAAAGUUUUUACAAUCGCGAUGUUAAUCACACGAUCCUCUAAAAAAUCAUCAUUUCUUCAAAUCUGCUUUUCCUUGAUUUAGUCCAAGCAUGCCAUUUCCACUCAUCAUCCGAGCUUAACACUUUAAUGGCGUGAUUACGUUAUUCUUCUUAAGACUUAACCUCCACAAGCCCCCGCAUUCAUCUUCGCUUGCACAAAAAACCGUUUCUUGAGCACUAUAUGCAGAAUGCAGACAAGAACAGUGCAAGUGGGACAACUUUCAGAUCUAGCUAGCGAGAGAGAAAUUCACGAGUUUUUCUCCUUUUCUGGCGAAAUCGAGCACAUUCAGAUCUGCCGGGGUUGUAGCGAUUCUGAAAGAAAGAAAACUGCAUUUGUGACGUUUACAGAUCCAAAAGCUCUCGAAAUAGCGUUAUCGCUAUCGGGAGCAACCCUUGUGGAUCAAGUCGUUAGCAUUACUCCAGUUGAAAAUUAUGUACCAAAACCUGAGGAAAUUUGUGCAGCUGACAAUGCAGUUAGCAUGGCUAGACAAAAUUCCUUUUCAAAUGUUGAAACGAAUGGGACUUCUCCUCGUAGUGGAAGAGUAUAUGCAAGUAAAGCACAAGAUGUUGUAUCAAGUGUGUUGGCUAAAGGUUCAGCUAUUGGACAAGAUGCCAUGAAUAAAGCUAAAGCAUUUGACCAAAAGCAUCAAUUAAGAGCCAAUGCAUCUGCCCGAGUGAUUUCAUUAGAUAAAAAAGUUGGACUUACAGAAAAAUUUAGUGUUGGGAUUUCAGUUGUGAAUCAAAAAGUUAAGUCAGUGGAUCAGAAGCUUCAAGUGUCUGAUAAAACAAUGGCUGCAUUAAUGGCAGCUGAGAGGAAAUUAAAUGACACAGGAUCAGCUGUCAAAUCAAGCAGAUAUGUUACUGCUGGAUCCGCUUGGCUAAAUGGUGCAUUUGGUAAAGUGGCAAAGGCUUUGCGGGUGUAAAACUAAAAAGGAUUCUGGCAUUAGUGCAAGAAAUUGUGAUAUACCUCAAUGUUGUUCUGUUGUUUUAUGGUAAGUUUUGUGAUUCGUUUAUUUGUUUAUUUUCAUUUCUCAGUGUAUUAAUUUAUUCUCCUGUAAACCAUUUUAUGUUCUCAAAGUGUGUAAAAACAUUUGAAGGAUUUUAGGAGCGUAUGUAUUAUAUAGAUACUCCAUUUUUUUUUUUGUCUCCUACGAAUUUGAAUAAUCCUCACACUUCACUAAUGCG